AAGAGUAGUAGAAGAGGAAAAAGGGAAACCAGAGAAUAGUAAACGAGCCCUAGCUGUUGGUCAUCUUCUCCCCCUCACUCUCUCCAGCUCGCCGCUCUCUCACUCCUCUCCUUUCAGAGCAGAAGUCAGGAGUUUGUUUUACUUAUCUGAGAUGACAAGUAGAGAAGAUUUGGAUGUUGAUGAUGAUGAUUUUAGUGAAAUCUACAAGGCAUACACUGGCCCUCUGGGUUCUAAUGCGACAAAUGAACAAGAAAGAGCAACAACAAAUAAAAGACCUCGUGCAGCUUCGGAUGAAGAAGAGGAAACCCGUGAUCCUAAUGCCGUCCCAACAGAUUUUACUAGCCGAGAAGCUAAAGUUUGGGAAGCUAAAUCUAAAGCUACAGAGAGGAACUGGAAGAAGAGGAAAGAAGAGGAAAUGAUCUGUAAAAUAUGUGGUGAAUCUGGUCACUUUACACAGGGUUGCCCAUCUACUCUUGGAGCUAAUCGCAAGUCGCAAGAUUUCUUUGAAAGGGUGCCUGCAAGAGAUCCUCACGUGAAAGCUUUAUUCUCGGAAGAUGUGGUAAACAAAAUUGAGAAUGAUAUUGGUUGUAAAAUCAAAAUUGAGGAAAAAUUUAUCAUUGUCAGUGGCAAGGAUAGGCUGAUCCUGAAAAAAGGUGUUGACGCUGUUCACAAAAUUAAAGAAGGGGGUGAGAAUAAGGGUGUUAAUAAGUUCUCGGAUGAGGGCGAGCACAAAAGUUCUGCCGGCUCCCCCGUUUCCCAGUCCAGGUCGUUUGAACGUAAAAGUCCUCUUACAUCUCGGUUGGGACGAUCAGAUUCCCAAAGGUCCAAUCACAGCCCUCACAACCCUGCACACAACCCACGUAGGUAUGGCAGACACGAGAAAGGUGUGGAAGACCGUGUUCGUGAAGAUCUACAAAAAUUGUCAGGAGGCUCUCCUCAUGCAAGAGCUUAUGGUAGUGAUGGAGGUAGAGGUCGAUCAAGCCACUCAAAGUCUCCAGCACCUUCCUCCUAUGCAGGAAAUUCCUAUAAUUCAUAUGAAGGUCAUACUCAGAAUAGAGGUGGCAUCAGAACUGAUGGAUGGAAUGCUGAAAGAGGUGUUUCUAACAUGCAAUCUGGCCGUAACUUUGACUUCCCUUCCUUUCCCCAGACAUUGGAGGAAUUGGAGUUGCAAUAUAAAAGGGAGGCAAUGGAACUUGCAAGAAUUCGAGACAGAGAAGAAGAUGAGGAAAACGACAAGCAUCGCGAGGCUGUCAGAGAAAUAAGGGAGAAUUACAUGAAAAAAGUGGCUAUGCUGAAGGGUGUGCAUGCAAAUAUGUGGGAAGAGUUUCUUCAACUAGAGGGCCAAAGGAGGCAACAAGCACGUCAGCACAUUUCCGCAUCUGGGUUUGGAAAUUAUAAACAACCAAGUUAUCCAGAGUUUGAUAGUUCUUCUGGCAACUUUCAUCAUUCUGGAACCAGUAUACACUCAAGGGGAAGGUAUCCAAAUGCCAUGGAUAGUUAUCCUUCUUCUAGGCCCAGUGACUAUGAUGACUUCCAGCGACACAGGCGUGAUGAUUUUGGGAAACCAUAUAAUCGAUACUAAAUUGGUUGGAGGAAUUUAAAUUUGGAUGCCAUUGUUGCUUGCCUACAAGUAUUGCACUGGGAGCACUGUGUCUAGGUAAGUAUGCAUUGUUAUCAUGUUGACAUGUUGUCGACUCUUAGAUGAAGGCAUUAGUUUCUCUAUGGUGAAACUUCCAUUCGUUACUUUCGGACUUCAUAGGACCACCUUUGUAAUCCAAAACGUGUACUGUUUUCUGGCUUGUAACUACAAAAUUUUGGAUGUUGGCUGGAGGUAUGCUGUUUAUUUGGACUGGCAAAGCAGGAGUUCUUGGUCGUAUUGAUGGCAGAAGCAAUCUGAACCAUAUUUUUUUAUCUGUUUUCUCAAAGCCAACGAACAUCUGUUUGCUACUUCCGCGAACCUAUUGGGUUUUUUUUCC